GGCGCCGGGUAACGCCAUUUUCACGCACCGCGCAGUCAGCCAGGGAACCAGGGGGGUAGCUGUCAUCUUCAUGGGCUACUACUACUAGUCUACUUGUUUCUCUCUCUCUCAUUUCUCUCUCCUCUUGCCUAAUGAAGCCGCUUAUGAGUUAGUUUCUCUCCCGCCAUGAUGGAAGUGAAGGAGAGCUGCGAGGGUUUUCUACUGUGCGGCGGCUCCGACUAAUUCCUGUAUUUUUGACAGUUAAAGCUUAUUAUUGCGGCGGCUCCGACUAAUUCUAGAAUUCUUGACAGUUGAAGCUUAUUAUUGCUGCGGCUCCGACUAAUUCCAGAAUUUUUGACAGUUAGAGUUUAUGAUUGCGGCGGCUCCGACUAAUUCCUCUAUUUUUGACAGUUAAAGCAAUGGAGAUAGAGACGAACUAACUAACUCACUUAAAACAAGGGAGUUUUCUUGGACAAUUUUGUUUUAUCUACACCUGUAAACUGAUUUUUUUUAAUGCGGUUAUCUUCACACGGUGUCGCUUAAAGGAAAGACACCUCCAUCUUAUCAUAGAAAGAGUAAAAAAGAGGAGAAAAAGAGGAGAGAACCGAGCGAUACAUCGGCGACGGAUGUCCUAGAGAACGGAUGCGUGAGGACAUGUCCACCAUGGUGUGCGUGAAGGAGGAGGAGGAUCCUGGCGAGAAGCUGUCCCAGGAUGAGAUCAUCUCCCGGACCAAGCAGGUGAUCCAGGGGCUGGAGGCCCUGAAGCAGGAGCACCAGUCCAUCCUGGAGGGCCUGCUGGGAACGCUGCGCUGCCUGAAGCAGGAUGAAGAAGGACUACAGAUGGAGGAGAAGUCCCACAUGAUCCGAAAGUCCCUGGAGAUGCUGGAGCUGGGGCUCAGCGAGGCACAGGUGAUGAUGGCGCUGUCGGGCCACCUGAGCACGGUGGAGUCAGAGAAGCAGAAGCUGCGGGCUCAGGUACGCCGGCUGUGCCAGGAGAACCAGUGGCUGAGGGACGAGCUGGCCGGCACGCAGCAGAAACUGCAGAAGAGUGAACAGAGCGUGGCUCAGCUGGAGGAAGAGAAGAAACAUCUGGAGUUCAUGAACCAGCUGAAGAAGUACGACGAGGACCUUUCCCCCUCUGAGGAGAAGGACUCAGACUGCAGUAAAGAGACUCUGGAUGAUCUCUUCCCAGAUGACCAGGACGACCAGCCUCCAGGCAUCCAGCCGGCUCACGGCAGCGCUGCAGCAGCCGCCGCUCAGCAGGGAGGUUAUGAGAUCCCGGCCCGUCUGAGGACCCUCCACAACCUGGUGAUCCAGUACGCCUCCCAGGGCAGGUACGAGGUGGCUGUGCCCCUCUGCAAACAGGCUCUGGAGGAUCUGGAGAAGACCUCCGGACACGACCACCCGGACGUAGCCACCAUGCUCAACAUCCUCGCCCUCGUUUACAGGGAUCAGAACAAAUAUAAGGAGGCGGCCAACCUGCUGAAUGAUGCUCUGGCCAUCAGGGAGAAGACUCUGGGCCGGGACCAUCCAGCUGUCGCCGCCACCCUCAAUAACCUGGCUGUCCUGUACGGGAAGAGAGGGAAGUAUAAGGAAGCAGAGCCGCUGUGCAAAAGAGCGCUGGAGAUCAGAGAAAAGGUGCUGGGCAAGGACCACCCAGAUGUGGCCAAGCAGCUGAAUAACCUGGCUCUGCUGUGUCAGAACCAGGGCAAGUACGAGGAGGUGGAGUACUACUACAUGAGAGCGCUGGAGAUCUACCAAACCAAACUGGGCCCCGACGACCCCAACGUGGCCAAGACCAAGAACAACCUGGCGUCUUGUUACUUAAAGCAGGGGAAGUUCAAACAGGCCGAGACUCUUUACAAAGAAAUCCUCACACGCGCUCACGAGAGGGAGUUCGGCUCUGUGGAUGAUGAGAACAAACCGAUAUGGAUGCACGCUGAGGAGAGAGAGGAACAAAGCAAGGGGAAGCAGAAGGACGGAUCACCGUUUGGAGAAUACGGAGGCUGGUACAAAGCCUGCAAAGUGGACAGCCCCACAGUGACCACCACCCUGAAGAACCUGGGCGCCCUCUACAGGCGGCAGGGCAAGUUCGAGGCGGCUGAGACUCUGGAGGAAGCUGCCAUGCGUUCCAGAAAGCAGGGUCUGGACAAUGUGCAUAAGCAGCGUGUGGCCGAGGUCCUGAGCGAACCUGAGGCCCGCGAGAAGCAGCGAAGCCGUGAGAGCUUGACCUCUGACACGGUGAAGUACGAGAGCGGGCCAGACGGUGGCGAGGAAGUGAGUAUGAGCGUGGAGUGGAACGGGCUCCUGAGGGGAAUAUCUGACUCUAUAAGCUGCUAA